CGAGUAAUAGACCUCCGGAUGAUGCAGCUGCUUUCAUUCUCUCGCUGGAUAAUAGGAUCCUGAUCUCGUUCCUUUCAUCCCAAAGAGCUGGCUUGCGGCUUUUUGUUUUCUCUGUCUCACCAUCUCACCAUCAUCGGCGCAUCUUGUGCCACUCUUGUUUCAGCCGCCCCCGACUCCAUCCAGACUGCGCCCCGGUCCAAGAAUAUACUGCACCCGCAGCCCGCUAUACGAGUACAGAUCCUGCCACCGCGCCUGGAGUGUUGGCAAGGGGCUAUCAACAGUCCAGGAUCUUCACUGACUGAUCGAACUCAUCCAUCCACUCGUUUGGCCAUCUCCUUUGCACAUUCAAUCCUUGAAUUAGAUCUGGUGUACGCCGACACUCUCGUUUGCAAGCAAGGGCCCGUCUCGCAUCGGGGAGCCGCAGCCGCAAUACAAUGUCCAAUGGAAGGACAUUCUCCUUUGAAAGAAAUGACAACUAUAAUGUGAAUGCGCAAGGGCAGGAGCCCCAGCCAUAUCAGCCUCACGCUUACCAAGACGACCUUGCGAGAGACAUCACCUCUCCUCCUCCCCGUUAUGCCUCUCCGUCACCACAACCUCAACGCUUUCCAGAACCUACCUCCCCUUCAACUUCCCCACGACGACGUCCCAUUCCUCAAGACACCUACCUCCUAAGCGACUCUACUCCCACCCGAGGCCCCGCGAUCCAACAGCCUCCUCAAGACUUUGACGACCUACCCGCACCCCCUCCUCCUCCCCAUAGAACCAGCCCGACCCGCAUGUCGAGAGAGGGCGGCGGGUUCUCUCAACCCUACCGACCAUACACAGAUGGUAACGGACCAGUAGACCAUUACAGAGAACAAGUCACAGGAGGUGGACUACAAUCAGUAGCACAAGGUGUGGCAGAUGGUCGUCCGAGAGAAAGCGGUCUAGAUGCAGUACGGUCGAUGCCUCGGUCCUAUUCUCCAUACAAUCAGGGCUAUGCUCGAGAACCUAGUCCGCAUCGACAGGAAAUGCCUCUCUCGCAGCUGCCCUCGCGCAAUUCUUACGGCUCUUCGUUUGCUCUUGCUGCUGGAGCCGCCACACCUGGUGCUGCCACCCCAACUGGUUCACCAGGUCCAAGAUCCUCGGCCUUUUCUGGUAGAAGCAUACCACUCGACGACUACAACGGAGGUUCCCAUCACCCCAUGUCAUACUCGCAGUACCAAGAUUCUCCCUACCAGACCCCCUACAACCAGUCGGUCAAUUCGACCAACAUCAUGAGCCAUGCAAGUAUCAAUCCCAACAACAUCCUUGACGACGGCGACGAAGACUUACCCAAUGCUCAACAGAGACCGGGUCAAUCGAAGGGCAACAGCAACCUAGGACCUACAGCUGCCGCCGCGGGUACUGCUGGUGCGCUGGGCGGUCUGUUUGGCCGGAAAGCAAAGAACGUAACCUCGAGUGGCACAUACGACCCUGUUGGUGCUGGCUCGAAAGCGGAGAAAAGUGCCUGGUUAGCAUCACAGACCAAGGGCAAGCGGAAGAUGAGAUGGUGGGUCGGUGUUGCAAUUGGCCUGGUAAUCGUCCUGGCCAUCGUUGCCGGCAUUGUUGGAGGUGUACUGGGGACUCGCAACUCCGACAGCUCCAGUGGCUCUUCCAGCGGCGACACCAACAAUGCAGACUCAGACACUGCAGCCAAUGGAGACUUGGGCAAAGACUCGGCAGAAAUCCAGGCGUUGAUGAACAACAAAGAUCUCCACAAAGUCUUCCCAGGUAUAGACUAUACUCCAUGGGGCACUCAAUACCCGUUGUGUUUCACCUACCCUCCUUCUCAAAACAAUGUCACACGAGAUAUGGCAGUGCUCUCGCAAUUGACAAAUGUUGUCCGUCUCUACGGUACCGACUGCAAUCAAACAGAGAUGGUGCUGCACGCGAUCGAUCGACUGGAGUUGUCCGACAUGAAAGUGUGGAUGGGAGUUUGGAUAGAUACUAACCAAACCACGACCAACCGGCAGGUGGACCAGAUGUACAAGAUCCUGGCAGACACAAAAGACCUUUCAAUUUUCAAGGGCGUUAUUGUCGGUAACGAAGCUCUCUACCGGGCUGGCGAAGACAAGUCCAAAUCAGAACAAGAACUGAUCGACAUCUUGACCAACGUCAGAUCACAAUUCAAGACAAAAGGCUACGAUCUGCCAAUUGCCACAUCCGACUUGGGAGAUAAUUGGAAUGCACAACUUGUCCAGGUUGUGGACUAUGUCAUGUCCAAUAUUCACCCAUUCUUUGCUGGAGUCACGGCUGAUGUGGCUGCUGGUUGGACGUGGGACUUCUGGCAAACUCAUGAUGUGGUUCUGACCGAGAGUUUGCCAGAUGUCAAGCAGCUCAUCAGUGAGACUGGUUGGCCCAGUGCUGGUGGAGAAGAUUGUGGCGGCAGCACUGGAGACUGCACUGCCGGACAGAGCGGGUCUGUUGCUAGUGUUGAUGGUAUGAAUACUUUUAUGAACGACUGGGUCUGUCAAGCAUUGUCCAAUGGUACGGAAUAUUUUUGGUUUGAAGCGUUUGAUGAGCCUUGGAAAGAGAUUUAUAAUACCCCUGGCAAGGACUGGGAAGACAAAUGGGGUUUGAUGGAUCCAGGACGCAACUUGAAAAGUGGUCUGAAAAUCCCAGAUUGUGGUGGGAAGACUGUGAGUUCGUGAAAUGAAGGGCCUUUGAUCACUAUUGGGUAUGGAUGAUUUCAGAACAAGUUCUGGACCAUGACAAUGCUGCUUGGGCACGGCUUCAGCAUUCCAUCGCAACAGGUUGGGCAUGAGUGCUGGGAUGCAUUUCUGUUUAGCGGGCCCUCACUAGGCCAUUGAAUAUGUGUUUUCAUGAAAGGUGGAAGAUGACAGUACUUCCCCGUCUUCUGAACAUCCCCCAAGGGAGGGCGGUUAGCUGUUUCAAGCAUCAAAAAGUCCGGCUGGCAGAUAAUGCAUGGACCUUUCGGGGCCCUGAGGACGAGGCAGAUUUUGGCGGACUUAGCAAGCAUGAGGAUGAAAAAUGUAUAUUAUGUCGGAGGUGGAUCAAUAUGAUACUGGACAAUUGUUGGCGUGAUAUAAGAAACACAGACAGCCAUACCACGUUUUAUUUUUC